CCCGGCAGUGCCGGUGCCGGUGCCGGUCCCGCCGCCGCCAUCGCCAUGAGGAGCCGGAGCAACUCGGGCGUGCGCCUGGACGGCUAUGGGCGCCUGGUGCAGCAGACCAUCCUCUGCCACCAGGACGCGGUGACGGGGCUGCUCCCCGCCAGCGGCGACCACCGGGACGCCUGGGUCCGGGACAACGUGUACAGCAUCCUGGCGGUCUGGGGGCUCGGCCUGGCCUACCGCAAGAAUGCCGACCGCGACGAGGACAAGGCCAAGGCCUACGAGAUGGAGCAGAGCGUGGUGAAGCUGAUGCGGGGACUGCUCCAGUGCAUGAUGAGACAGGUGGACAAGGUGGAGGCCUUCAAGUACAGCCAGAGCACCAAGGACUGCCUGCAUGCCAAGUAUAACACCCAGACCUGUGCCACCGUGGUGGGAGACAACGAGUGGGGUCACCUACAGCUGGAUGCCACCUCCCUUUACCUGCUCAUGCUGGCGCAAAUGACGGCCUCAGGCCUCCACAUAAUUCACAGCUUGGAUGAAGUCAACUUUAUCCAGAACCUCGUGUUUUACAUUGAAGCCGCCUACAAGACCGCGGACUUCGGGAUUUGGGAGCGCGGGGACAAGACAAACCAGGGCAUCACCGAGUUGAAUGCCAGCUCUGUCGGCAUGGCCAAGGCUGCCCUGGAGGCACUGGAUGAGCUGGAUCUCUUUGGAGCCAAGGGAGGCCCGGAGUCAGUGAUACGGGUGCUGUCAGAUGAGGUGCAGCACUGCCAGUCCAUCCUUCACUCAAUGCUGCCCAGGGCCUCCACAUCCAAGGAGGUGGAUGCCAGCGUGCUCUCUGUCAUCUCCUACCCAGCAUUUGCUGUGGAGGACAGCGAGCUGGUGGAAAUCACCAAGCAGGAGAUCAUCACGAAGCUGCAGGGACGCUAUGGCUGCUGCCGCUUCCUCCGGGAUGGAUACAGGACCCCCAAAGAGGACCCCAAACGUCUCUACUAUGAACCCGCUGAGCUGAAGCUGUUUGAGAACAUCGAGUGCGAGUGGCCUCUCUUCUGGGCAUACUUGAUGAUUGAUGGGAUUUUCAGUGGAAACAUAGAGCAGGUGCAGGAGUACCGGGAAGCCCUUGAGGGGGUUCUCAUCAAGGGGAAGAAUGGGAUACGCCUGAUGCCAGAGCUGUACAGUGUCCCACUGGAUAAGGUGGAUGAGGAGUACAGGAACCCCCACAGUGUGGACAGAAUACCCAUGGGCAAGCUGCCACACAUGUGGGGGCAGUCCCUCUACAUCCUGGGCUGCCUGAUGGCUGAGGGGUUUCUGGCUCCUGGUGAAAUAGAUCCCCUCAACCGCCGGUUCGCGACUGUCCCUAAGCCUGAUGUGGUGGUUCAAGUGUGCAUCCUGGCUGAGACAGAGGGGAUCAAGGAAAUCCUGAAGAAGGAGGGCAUUGAUGUGGAGACUGUGGAAGAUGUCUACCCCAUCAGAGUGCAGCCUGCCCGCAUCCUCAGCCACAUCUAUGCCCGGCUGGGCCGCAACAAGCAGAUGAGCCUGACUGGACGGCCCUACCGGCACAUGGGUGUCCUUGGGACCUCCAAGCUCUACAAAAUCAGGAAGAGCAUCUUUACCUUUACCCCACAGUUCAUAGACCAGCAGCAGUUCUACCUGGCUCUUGACAACAAGAUGAUUGUGGAGAUGCUGAGGACGGACCUCUCCUAUCUCUGCAGCCGCUGGAGAAUGACUGGGCAACCAACCAUCACCUUCCCCGUCUCCCACAUCAUGCUCGAUGAAACCGGCAAUAGUGUGCACCCCACGGUGCUGGCGAUGCUGCGGAAGCUGCAGGACGGGUAUUUCGGUGGCGCAAGGACCCAGACGGGUAAACUGUCGGAGUUCCUGACAACGUCAUGCCGAACACACCUCAGUUUUAUGGACCCUGGGCCAGAGGGUAAGGUCUUUGCCGAGAGUUACAGGCUCUGCAGUGACAGCUUUGAGGAGCUGGACAGCGAGGACUGGCUGCAUGGCUUGCAGGUAGCAGAGGAGGAGGACGCCUACGAUGAGGUUGCCCAGUACCUGGACCACCUGCUGCAGCGCACGACUCCCCAGUCCAACCUGCCCCCCACUGCCCAGCGGGGAGGGCUGAGCCGCUUCCGGACUGCUGUCCAUACCACCCGUGACCUCAUGUCCCUGGCAUCCAAGGCCAAGGACCUGAAUGUCCAGAAUGUUGGGAUGUAUGUCCCCAGCAAGAUCUUCCAGGCAUCCCAAAAGUCGGUUAACCUGUUGGGUUCACCCUGCCAGCAUGACAUGGAUGGCAAGAGCCAUGCAGUCUAUGCAGAGAUGGGCCUGCCCUGUGACAAGGAUGGCAACGUGGACUGCAAGGCACUGGUGGACCAGCUGCGCGUCUGCCCCACGCUGCAGGAGCAAGCAGACAUCCUCUACAUGCUCUACAUGCUCAGGGGGCCCGAGUGGCACACGGGGCUUGAUAGCAAGCCUGGCCCCACUGUCAAGGAGCUCCUGACUGAGCUGUAUGUGCGGGUGGGGGAGACACGCCAGUGGGCCCUGAUCCGCUACAUCUCUGGCAUCCUCAAGAAGAAGGUUGAAGCUCUGGAUGAGGCCUGCACUGACCUCCUGUCUCACCAGAAGCAGUUGACUGUGGGGCUGCCCCCAGAGCCACGUGAAAAGACAAUCUCCGCCCCCGUCCCCUACGAGGAACUCGUUCACCUCAUUGAUGAAGCCAGUGAGAAGAACCUCAGUGUGGCCAUCCUCACCCAGGAGAUCAUGGUGUACUUGGCCAUGUACAUACGCACGCAGCCUGCGCUCUUCGUGGAGAUGUUCCGCCUCCGCAUUGGGCUCAUCAUCCAGGUGAUGGCAACAGAGCUGGCACACUCCCUGCGCUGCUCGGCCACAGAAGCCACAGAGAACCUGAUGAAUCUCAGCCCAUCAGACAUGAAGAGCCUCCUCUACCAUAUCCUCUCUGGCAAGGAGUUCGGGGUGGAAAAGAGCAUGCGUUCAGUGGACUCAUCUGUGGUCACCCCUGCCGUCUCCAUCCGUGACGUAGAGACUGCUGGGGCCACCAGAUCUGAGCGCUCUGGCCUUGUCAAGCUGAAAAGUGAAAUCAGACAGCAAUUGAAUAAACGUAGGCAGUCUAUGCCUGGGAGUAAGCCCGUCAGUUUGCAGUCCAGGGACAUCGACCUCAAGUCCUCUCUGUCUGCUGGGCACACAGAGCUGCUGGACAAGGACUCCUUUUCAAGCAUGCUGGAAGACCAGGGCAGUAAGGACAGCCGGCAGGGCCAGUGGCAGCGGAGGCGGCGGCUGGACGGGGCCCUCAACCGUGUCCCUGUGGGCUUCUACCAGAAGGUCUGGAAGGUCCUGCAGAAGUGCCAUGGCCUCUCUGUGGAGGGCUUUGUUCUUCCCUCCUCAACAACCAGAGAGAUGACCCCAGGGGAAAUGAAGUUUGCUGCGCAUGUGGAGUCUGUCCUCAACCGCGUGCCCCAGCCAGAGUACAGGCAGCUUCUGGUGGAAGCUAUCUUGGUGCUCACCAUGCUGGUGGACAUGGAGGUGCACACCAUCGGUGGCAUCAUACCUGUGGAAAAGAUCUUGCACAGAGCCAACGACCUCUUCUAUGAGGAGCAGAAAGCCCUGGGCGCUGACGACCAGAUGUUGGAGAGGGAUCCUUCGACAGGCAUCUGCAUCCUGCUGUACGACAGUGCCCCGAGCGGCCGCUUUGGCACCAUGACCUACCUGUCCAAGUCGGUGGCCUUGUACGUGUACGACUUCCUGCCCACAGACAGCUGCUCCAUGCAGUAGCUCUCGCAGCUCCUCGCUGGGCUGCAGAUGCUGCGGGGAGGGUUGUUUCGUACAGCUUGUAAAGAGGAACACUAGGUUAGUUUGCAGGCAGCCUGCUUGGCCAUCUCUCCUCCCAGCCCUGGCCUCUCAGUGGGUGAGCGGCCCUCUGAGGAGCCCCGCAGGAGGCACGUGUCCUAAAGUGACCUGUGCCUAUGUGGCCUGAGGAGCAGGGGAAAGGCUGAGCUUUGAAGCCUGCUUGUGUUAAAAGUGUCUGCCUGCAUGGCUCCUCCUGAGCCAUCACCCCCAGAGGGACCUCUGUUUGAGGCAGUUGACCAGACCUGCGUGCUCAGCACUGCAGUGCUCCAUGACCAGCUCAUACUCUCCCUGCCUCCAGCAGGUUUGCAGUUUUUAA